UUGUGUCUGCAGUUUGGUUAGCCACUGAUGUAAACUUGGAGAAGUAGUUAUUGGCCACUGAAAACUGUUUCAGGUGACUAAGUUUCCUUCCAAAAAAUGGUCCCUGAAAAUUUGACAUUUCGAGACAAUCAGCUGGAUUUCUUCUUCCAGGCGGAGCCACUGCAACAAGAAAUUCACAUGAAUGGUUGGAACGCCCCAAAAGACAUGUUCAUCAAUCCCUAUUGGAAGCAGUUUGAGGCGCCAAACCCUUUUAUGCAUUACCUGCUGGGGAUCUUGUAUACUGGUUUAAUGAUAGUGGCAUGCAUUGGCAAUGGCAUUGUCAUUUACGUUUUCAGCAUGUCUAAAACGCUGCGGACACCAGCUAAUUUGUUCGUUGUAGCCCUAGCUGUAACAGAUUUUCUGAUGAUGUUGAAAACUCCAGUCUUCAUCUACAACUCCUUCCACGCUGGUCCUGUUUAUGGAAACAUUGGAUGUAUCAUCUAUGGUACUGUUGGCGCCUAUUCCGGGUUAAUGUCUGCAUUUUGCAACGCUGUCAUUUCCUACGACAGAUAUCGUGUGAUUGCCUGUCCUUUCAGUUCCUCCAAACUUACGAACAAGAAGGCAGUUGCAAUGUUAUUGGGGAUUGUUCUAUAUGUCAGUCCUUUUGCGCUACUACCAGCUUUUGAGAUAUGGAACCGGUACGUUCCCGAGGGCUACCUGACGAGUUGUACUGCAGACUACUUCCAGCAUGACCUGAAUGGCAGAUCGUUCAUUUUCUGCAUCUGGUUCUUUGCUUGGUUCAUUCCAGUCAUCAUUAUCUUUUGUUGUUAUUUUCGAAUCUACGCAGCUGUUCGGGACCACGAGAAUCAAUUGCGCGAACAAGCUAAGAAAAUGAAUGUGGAGAAUUUAAGAACCAACCAGAACCAGAAAGAUACACGAGGAGAAAUUCGAAUCGCAAAGGUUGCCUUUGGAAUUAUCAUGCUUUUUCUCUUUUCUUGGGUUCCUUACAUUCUUGUCGCUUUUAUUGGAGCUUUUUCAACAAAAGAACGACAACUAAUCACUCCGCUAAUGUCCAUGGUACCGGCUCUGACUUUAAAAGCUUCCGCCUGUUUCGAUCCUUUUAUAUACGCCAUAAACCACCCCAAAUAUCGUUUGGAGCUACAAAAGAAAAUACCUUGGUUAUGUAUCCACGAAUCUUACUCCGAUAAUGCAUCCACUUGUAGCAAUAAGACUCAACUGUCAGGCGAUACAACACCCACAGUCAACAGUGAUGGUUAGAAAACGAAUUUGGCUCAUUUUUAUACUUUUCUUUCCAUAAAGGAAAGAAAAAUCCUUGCAAUUCGAAUGUAGAAAAUAUUUAAAUCGCCACUAGUAUCUUCCGUAGGUUAACCAAACCCUUGUUGAUUCUCGCUCACACAUUCAUGUGACACCAUGUGGCUUACAAAGGAAGGAAUGUUUUAUGUUUAUUAAAUAUAUAUAAAAAUAUAAAAGACAUAUCGCUGGGCUUAAUGUAUUCUUUGUACUUUUCUAUAGGAUUCCUCUACAUAUAAUCUCCUCCUUGAUUAAAAUUAUUUAAACACCAUUUUUGAAGUUGUUUUGCAUGCAAGCUCACAAUAAACUAUAUAUUUCACAGAAGGAAAAAAUGAUUAUUAUUAAUUAAGUAAGACUAAGAAUGAGACAAGGUUCAGUUUAACGAACUGUUUGUACUUACCUGUAGAUUUUUUCCACUUUGGAAAUUCUUCGUAGGAAAAUAAACAGCAUUGUUGAAGU